AUGGUACAGUGGACCCAUGCUGAUAAACAAACUUUCAUUCGUCAGCGUGUUGAGGCCAGACUUGCUGCUCUGUUGAUGGAGAUCAAAGAGUAUACUGAAGCACUGUCUCUCCUCUCAAAUCUGAUAAAGGAGGUCAGAAGACUAGAUGACAAACUUCUCUUGGUAGAUAUUGAGUUGCUCGAGAACAAGCUUCAUUUUUCUUUGAGAAAUCUCCCAAGGCUAAGGCAGCGCUUACUGCAGCUUGAACAGCAGCCAAUGCCAUAUAUCUACUUUUAUGAAGCUUUUGAGGCCUUUGAUCCUCUUGAGGAUCCCAGAGCGGUCUACAGUAUGAAAUACAUGCUCUUGUGCAAAGUGAUGGUGAAUCAAGCUGAUGAUGUUGCUGAAAUAAUAUCUUCCAAAGCAGGCCUACGAUACUUGGGCCCAGAUCUUGAUGCGAUAAAAGCUAUUGCUGAUGCCUAUUCAAACCGUUCUCUGAAACUCUUUGAGGCUUCAUUGGAGAACUUCAAGGCUCAAUUAGGAGAAGAUCCUAUUAUUUGCAGGCACUUAUUGUCUCUUAAUGAAUUGAUCGAGCUUCCCGUUGAUCAUGUGGAGCGUAAAUUGUCUCAAAUGAUUUUGGAUAAAAAAUUUGCAGGGACUCUUGAUCAAGGUGCUGGAUGCCUCAUUAUUUUUAAUGAUACCAAGACUGAUGCUAUCUAUGAAGCAACACUAGAAUUGAUCUCCAAUGUUGCUAAGGUUGUAGACAGUCUGUUUGACAGAUCACCUGAUAUUACAAGGCAUUGGGACCUUGCAAUGUGCCUGCCUUAG